AUGAGUGCAUUUGCGCUGGCGACACGCGGAGAACCAGUGUCGUGGGAAAAGUUGGUAGUGCGCGCGCUGAGUUUCAUUGACGCCACGCCAAGUGUGGCUGCUACCAAUGCACUCCACGCACUCACUUCCUAUAGCGCAUCGCCUCCAAGCAUUUACUGCGAUGCGGCGGCCGGAGUCCGCAACGCGAAGCUACACAGUGGGUUGCUCCUUUCACUCCAUCAUGCAACAGCACAGUGGCCAAAGCUUUUGCGGCAUAUGCUCGCGCCGCCGCCAGUUAUCGUGGGAGAGCAAUCGCUUUCAAUUAGCGGACCAGCAAUGGAACUCUUCGUGGUGCUCUACAACGCCAGUGUUAGCAAUUGCGAAGCGGGGUUCGCGGCGAUGUCCCGCGCACAUGCAGAUGCAGCACGCACCGGUAUGAUGACAGCAGCAGAAACGCCGUCUUCAUCUCCCCUUGCCAACAGCAAAUCUGCCUUUAAAAGCUUCACUAUGGGUGCAGAACUUGCCUUCCUCGCGGAACAGGCGCUAGCGGAGGGCGGCGACGAGUUGCUGCCUGCUGUCGAUCGUCAUUCAUUACAGAAACAACUUGACUUCCGUUCCAUACAUGAGCUGGCAGAGUUGUGCGUAGCAACGGCGAAAUACGUCUAUUCUACAACCUCAGGGGCCGUAUCCAAGAAGCAUGACACCCUUGCUAAGCUUGCGUAUGCCGCAGCAACGACAGCAGUGCCUCUAGGACUGAAAGCAAUGUCCUUGCUGCUAACAGUUAUGUCAAGGCUUCUGACGGCGGCGUAUCACCGCCACAUGGCGGAACAUUACUACCGCUUAGACAAGGUGCCUGAUAUGUCACUUGUGCUCGGACACAUCAUGUACGCCAUGAAGCUCUUGAAAAAAAUACAGGUGGAUUGCCCUGCUGUUCUUCGAGGGCAUGCCACUUCGCAGAAAGCUCCGCCAUCAUCUUCCUCCGAUGCGAUGAGAAGUGUCCGCCAGCUACUUGGACAAAUCAGUGCUAGCAUUGUUGGAAACGGAGGGACAGGUGCAAAAGAACAGGGAUGUCAGUCGAUUAACGAGCUGGCGGACCUGUUGGAGGAAGGAGAUAUGAUGAAAGUGUUUCCCCUUGCAGGAAGCCUCGUCCGCGACGUGGCCAAACUGCACGAGAAAUACCAACAUGAGAACUCGGUUGUGUAUUACUCGCGGCCAGCGUCCGAUGAAGAAAUUAAGGAUGACGUCCCAGAGGCAAAACUGCUUGAUGUGGCGAGUGAUAGUAUUAGAUACAGCAGCAAUCGUGAAGAGCUGUUAGAGGUCUUGGCUAAGAGGCUCGACACCGAUCUCUCUAAGUUUGCAGAACUUCCAGCUCCAGAUGAGUUGGCCUCAUCGCUGGAGGGUCGAGAGAUGAUGGUCAGAGUCCGCGACAAACUGAAGGCACUUCAGCAGCUCACCGCGGAUGCAAAAGAGACUCUGAGCAUCCCACACUUUGUGGAACCCACGCUGACGCAACUAGAGUCGCUUCUCCAACCAUACGUCAAGCCCGCAAUCCAAGAUAGAGGUGCGAGUCGAAAUGACGAGGGCAGCGGGGCCACUACAGAUAGUCCCUGUCCACUAGACAGUUGCCUGGACGCAGCCGUCAAUAAUGUGGAAGAAGCGCUUUCACGACAUCUUCAGGUCAGUAAUGGGUUGUAUCGUGCGAAGUGUGAGUACAUUGGUGAGUACGUAGGACCCUUUGAGGUAACAGAGACACUCAAGAACAGACAACACGCGUGGCUCACGCGAGUACACCAACUGCGUUCUAGCGUGAGGAGCAUUCUCAUUCACCGUGACAAAAAGGUAGAGCUCCGCGAAACGCUCCUUCUCCCCGAAAGCACAGUGUUGCAACCGUGCCUCGCGAAUGCUGUCACCGUUGUGGAGAGAGCCGGGGAUUUACUGUCCUCGCUGGAGCCUAAACGGGCUUCCCGUGGCACUACUCCUCCCGCAUCAGACAAUUCUUCUGAUGAACAGCUGUCCGCUGCGGCUAGACUUCAGGUUCUACUGGAAACGUUAUGUGAGGCAGAUGGUUCACUGACCGCAGCCUUCGAGCGCGCGCAGCCGCUUCGUGAUGAGACACGGUGGGCGCGUGUGGCAGGUGUGCUGCGCGAAGCUGCUGAACUCAUCGGCGAAGGGAACAAUAUUGUUAGCGAGGCAGUCUCGGCAACGGAUGAAAUGGAAAAGCAACAAAGUCGUAUCGUCGUGCAUCCAAUUGAGCGUCUGCAGGACGUCGUCUUUGAAACGCCGAGCCUUCCUGGCCAAAGGAAGCGGCGUGGGAAGCAGGCGGAACCUCCUCGACAGCGAAUGGCCACACCAACAAAGCAAGAACUGGAGGGUGCCUCAUGUUCCACUUCCGAACAGGCUCCUUGCAGGAAGGGUAAAAACCGUCACACGGGGUUGGGGGAAAAAGCGGAGGUUGUCGAGGGCGUUAGAUGGAGUUGGCCAUCAACUGUUGAGAAGGGCAUUCGCACUGAAAAUACGAGUGGCGCCGAGUCACCAGCCGAUAACGUUGCUGUUGUGGGAAGUGUGCGCAGUACCAAAAGGUCAAGGGAGGGAACGCCGCUGUCGCCCUUAAACUCCUCCGUCGCAAGUGAUGCAGCUGGCCAGUUGAACAUUCCAGAAGCGGAGGCAUCUCCAUUGUUCAAGCGUCGCAUAAAGGAGCUCAACAGCGGCCGGAUCGGUAGAAAAGGUGGUGAAGCAGGCGGAAGGAAGGGAAAUUAA